AUUGGCUUCGGUCUUCGUUUCAGUCGUGUUUCGAUGUUCGACGCGAGCACACGUAUUUUGGUGAAUACCCUGCGCGCAGAAUGCAUUGCAAUAUUUUUGUAAAUCUCAAUAAAUAGAGCAUCGACAGCAGCAACUAAAGCAUUUUGAUGACGAAUUUAAUGACCUGAAAAAAACGCCAAUCACUUUCACACAUUGCAUAGAUGAAAAUUGAAACAGCCGACAACAAAGGCGAGCAGCGACAGCGACGGUGACGUCGACAGAGGCAGCGACUGCGACUGCAACAGAGGCAGCGACGACUGUGGGCGCAUUGAUUACAUUUUCAUAAUCAACAAAAAAAAAAAAGAAAAGGAAAACAAAAAAAACGAAAACGAAAACAGAAAAAACCCGUCAGAAAAAAAGUCUCAGUUCCCUCAGUCGCUCUUUCAAUGAAAAUCGCAUAAUGGCAACAACACCUGAAUCGUGUGGAGCACGCGAUUCUGUGGAGGCGUUGGAACUGGAGGCGGAUACAGAGACUGAAGCGGAGGUGGGGCUGCAGCUGCAGCUGGAUCUGGAGGGAGCAACAGUGGCACGGGCAACGCCAGCUGAAAUGUCCGAGCCCGCUGAACUGGAUUCGUUGGAUGCAGCGGCAAUGACGGCCAACGAAGACCAACAAAAGCAAAACGAGCAACUGCAGCAGUCUUCAAUGGAGCCCAUCUCUAUGGAUGACAUACCUGAGCCCAUUAAAGUGCUCGACGAUAUCAUAUCGGAGUUCGAGGAGGCAGCAACGAAACCUGUCGCCUUGCAUAGCAACAGCGGGGAGAAUCAAUCCGAGGACGAUGGCUAUAUGAGUCUCAGUCGCAAAAACAUGUCCAAAAAGGACUCCGAGGAUGUGCCCCAAACACCGAGCACAGAUACCGUGCCCGAGGGCAGUUUCAACGAAGUUGAUGGCACGGCCGAGAAUUUAACCAAAUUAUCGGAGGCGGAGCACAGUCAGGAAGCGACGACGCCACUCAUACAGACAACGUUGGUGAGUACACCCCACCCUACAUGGAGUGUACGUAAUGGAAAACCAAUUAAUGCCCCUCCUCACCUCAUCUCAACUCAGCCAAAGGCAAGAAGUUCCAACUCAACGCCAACAACAAACUCCAACUACUCGAGUCUACCCUGUUGUGGGGCACGUACAUCAAACUUGAGUGCCGUUUCGACGGGUAACUCCUCAAGUGGAUUGGCCUCCAUCCGGGCGGGCAGUUGCAAUGGGGAGCGAAAUGUGCUGGGCAUCGACAUCAGUGCCGUGCAUAAUGCCGUGCUGCGUGGCAACCUGGCCAAGUUGCCUGAGCCAAUUUUGAAUGAACAUCCGGUUACCAUUUAUCCAGGACCCUCGGCCAAGGCAGCUGGCGAGGGGGCACGCGGCAAGCGGCUACUUAAUUCGGUGGAGAAGCACAAGGAGGUUUGCCACAUGCUAAAUCCACAUUCCAAUAGCACCACAUCAUCAUCAUCCUCUGGCGAGGCUUCUCCAGCUGCUUCGAAUAUUAAUAUGCAGCAGGUGGACGAUUAUUCCGAGGAUUCACUGGAGGAGUCGACCAUCUCCACAGACCUGACGCCGGUCAAGCUGAAUGGCGUCGCCUGGGAAAUACACUUUAAGAGCAAUCAAAAGAAGUCUAACAAUCCCAAGAAGGCAUCUUCUGGAGCUGCCAAAAAGUCCCAGCCUAAGGAGAACAACCUGGUGGACUUUAACAACAGCUUUGUCUACAAUGAGCAGAGCAUGUUGGGCAAGGGCACCUUUGUCAUUCGUCGCUCCACAGCCAAGAAGCCGCCACGUGCCGCCGAUGUUUUCAGCAUACCAAAGCCACCACGAACAUCGCUGGGCGCCGGCGCCAUUAGCAACGAGUUCUAUACGAGUGACAGUGAGCCAAGUGAAUCGGCACCGUUGCCACCGCCGCCGGCACCUUCCGAAAUGAACUUUAUCUAUAAGGAGUGCGAUGCAGCAGCGGCACAAACGCGACGUUGCCUGGAAAUGGCUGCAGCUCAGCGGGCAGCGCUCUCCCUGGACAUUGCCGAGGCGACGGAGCAUCUAAGCAACAAGCCCCUGAAAAGCAAGACGGCAAUGUUGACCGAGAAGCGUCUGAGCGCCGAAUCCAUGCCGGACAACACCUCGAGCAGUGAGGAGUUCGAUGAGGCGCGUCUCAAUGGAAACGGCUUCGAAUUGUUUACCUACAAUGGAAAUGAUCAACGCAUCUCGAAUGCCACAACGCCCCACACGGAUCUGGCGCCCACCUUGGAGGAGGAUGAGGAGCUCUCCGACUUUAGCUACGGCUGUGCGCCGCUCAAGCAAAUCGAGCACAACAUUAGCGCAUUGCUGCGUGGAGACUUGCCGAUAAUGAGUCAACAUGCUCCUGCCAAUGGAGCGAGUGCAGCUGCAGCUGCCGCUGCUGCAGCCGCUGCCGAGUUGCACGCCAAGCGUGUGCUGGAGUUCCGUCCGGGCGUGCAUAAAUCGGAGAGUGCCAAGGAGAUGCUCUUGUCACAGAAUGUUGGCUUUGGUCCGUUGCCACCAUCGCCGCCAAGUUCCAAUCCAGAUCUGUUUGAUUACGAUGCGCCGUUGCCUCCAUCGCCAGUGGAGCCUCGCAAGCAGUUGGAGCUGCCAGCUUCUGUGGCAGUGGCUGGACCUGCCAAUAACCGUGGCACCACUGUUGUCGAGGUGCAUGCCACGGCAUCCGGAGCUGCAGUACACAGCAAUAGUUACACCCGUCGCAGUCGUGAUAAUGUUGCUGCAGUGCGUCACUUCAAUGAUGAGCUGCCACCGCCGCCAGCACCGGCCCAUCAGUCAACCAGCUUUAUAGAGGGGCUGCCCGGACUCUCUGGACCUCCGAUACCGCCAGCGGUGCCACCACAUCGAGCUGGUCACUCUGCCAACACGAUGAAAUCCUGGAGCAUCGAUUCACAGUAUCGCAAGAGAUCGCCCAAGCUCUUUGGCUAUAGUAGCGGCAGUGGUAUUACCACACCCACAGGCCUGGGACAAAUGCCGCCUCUACCACAGCCGCCUAUGGGCACGAUGGGAUCGUGCGAGGGCGGUUCGGUCGCUGGCACGGGCUCCUAUCAGCGCAGGUACAUCAACUAUGGCACCAAGCGCAGUCUGAAGCAGUCGCCCCGCGAGGAGCAUCGCCUGCAAACCUCAUGUAGUCUUCCUGAAACGCCAAUCUUUGCCAGAGGCUGUGACAUACCACGUACGCCAUAUCGACGCCAAAAUGAUCCUGUACCCGUCAGCGGUUCACGCACGGCGCCAAGAUCUAGCACAUCGAAUAGCAUUAACAUGGGCAACUCCAUCUUGGGCAUAGGAGCUGGCACCUAUGGCACCGCACAGAUCUGCCGUCAGCGUUCGAUUAAUCAUGCCUUAGCUUCGAAUGAAAUGCUGCGCAUGACGGGAGCUCCAGCACGUGGCUGGUAUCCCAAGCAGCGGAGCAUGCGACCCGCAUCCACGGAAAACAUUGAUCGUUUGGCCUCGGUGCGAGUGUGGGACAAUCCGGCGGGCAUGUCCGGCACGGGACAAUCCCGUAAGCCGCUCACACUGCCGCCCAAUCUAACACCCUCUUUUUUGAACAAAUCGCCGCGUGAAGCGCUGCGACGUGUCACCAGUUUGCUGAUUACCAAAAAGAAAAGCAGUAAGGAGCGCAAACACAAGGCUUACAGUGAUCUUCCCAUGGAUGAUAGCAACAGCAAGCAUGCCUAUGAAUUUGAAACUGGCUCCGCAAAGCGCAAGGAAAGCUGCAGUCGCAAGGAUAAUGCUGCCGCGGGCGUCGGCACCACUCCAAAGGCCAAAAAGAAGGGUCUCUUCAAAACGCUUUGGAAGCGCACGAAAACCACCUCGCUGGAUCAAUAGAGUAGAUCCUGAACUGCAAUUUGUAAUGUCAAGCCCGAGCACUGCCCCCUCCCUCUUCUCUUUGGAUAUGUUUAUAUGAUAAGCAUACUUAUUCCGUACAUAUAUCAUGUAAAAGUAUUGAGGGAGAGUUCAAGUUAUAUCGCUAGGUAAACUUCCAGAUUCACCAGCUCAUCCAUCAACUAUUUAGACUCUUGCAACACAUUUGACUUAUUCUCACGCUCUCACGUUCGUUCACCUUGAAAAUUUAACUAAUUAUGCAAACAAAACAUAAAACACAAUUUAUAUAAAUAUAUCGAAUAUGUUUCGGUCGUCUAGUAAUUGAGUAAAACUGAAUAAUUCAAAUGCACAAAGCCGUGAAUCGUAAAGACUGAAAUCAAAAAAAAAGUAAAUGCGUAUUACAAAUUUAAUGACAAGAAAUGAGACAAAAUUUUCACACCAGACCAGAAGACAACAGUAUUAUAUAGAGAUAUAAAUGUAUUCGGAACGAACCCAGACUUUGAACUUGCAACAAUUCCAUGGCCGUACACACAAUUAAAAAAGCACUUAACGAUGAGCAACAAAAAAAGAAAAGAAUAUGAAAAAAGUAAAGCAUAAUAAUUAUACAAGCACUGAAUUUAUAUAUAAACUGGUAAACUCUAUAUACAUAGUUUUGGGAGUAUAACUGAACCGUUUAGGGUUCCAGACAGCAUUACUUACUUUAUAUGAUGAUGUUGCAUAUACACAUAUAAUGAUGAGGCACCUCUUUUUUAGGCGUAGAACUUAUUUGGCUUCGGACAGAAGUGUACAUGAUUUACUAUUAAAUCUUCUACCAUCUUCCAAGAAAUGAAGUAGAAUUCCUGGCGAAAACUUAAAAAAAAAGUAUAAAAUAUCUAAAAAGAAAAUGGUAAUUUCUUAAUUUGAGAGACUAGAAUAGCCGAAACGCCCUCCAAAUUUCAAAGAAUGUUUGAUAAUACAAUUUCGAAAUAAUAAAACCAAAUUUUGAGUAAACUAAAAAAUUAAUACUUAAAUUAAAGAGGAAGAACAAAUGCUCAAGAGGACUUUACCAGGCAGCAUUUUCCAUCCUUUUGUAAUUUGGAAAUUCUGAGCUCAGAUUGGAGCAACGCGAAUACGAAUAACUGCAAUAAGUAAAACUGUAAACGUUUACUAGUCAUUAAAUA